CCGGUGUUUACAAAUCAGCAGUAAGCAUCGAGUGAAGCAGCCUGAGAGCGGAGUUUGUGGACUGUUUCUACCUGCCUCGUUUAUUUGACUUUCCCCUUCAUUUCGUGCACUUUUCUAUCAAACGUUAGCCAGUCCUCUACAUGAAGACCGGGCGCUUGUUGGCGUCCAGGGGCGAAUCUAGUUAAUCUAUCUGACCGCGCGAGCUCAGCCUUCAGUCUCCCUUUGAGAAAUAAAAGAGACAUACAGCUAAAGGAGAAUGAGAUGUCAUCCGACGAGGAGAGCAGUGGAGCAUGGAGGGAGGAGAGAAGUAUCGAGGCUUUAACGUGAGGUGCUGCACUUUCUACAACUGACCUCCAUGGAAAUCCGAAGGUAACUAGCAGAGUUACAACCUGUCAGUGCUAGCAGUUAGCUUUACUGGCUAGCUGUGUCCGGAUGAUCAGCUAACCGUCGUCUUGGAAGGCUCGUCCAGCCGGUUGGGACAGAGGUAGCAGCUGAAGAAACAGCUGCUAGCCACCAGAAGGUUUGUGCUAACAGCUAGCCAUCAGUGGUCUGGUGCUGGGGGCAAGCUGGUAGCUGCCUAGGGCUAGCAGAGGGAGAGCGUGGGCUUUUUCGCAGCAGUUUGAGCGCAGUCAGCGCGAAUGGGACACGGCAGCGUUCGCAGGCGGCCUGGAUGGGAGAAGGAGUGAGCAUGGACAACCUUUCUGAAUUUGGUGGGCUUUGUCCGUCCAGCCGGAGGGAAUGGGAAACCAGCAGCUGUGUGGACGACUUGAUGGACGAAGAUGAAAAAGACAGAGCUAAAAGAGCGUCCCGUAAUAAGUCGGAGAAGAAGCGGAGAGACCAGUUCAAUGUGCUCAUUAAAGAGUUGUGCACCAUGCUGCAGGGGCAGGGCCACCCCCGCAAAAUGGACAAAUCCACCAUCCUCCAGAGGACCAUCGACUUUCUGCAGAAACAGAAAGAGAUCACAGCGCAGACGGAGUCGUGUGAGAUCCGGCAGGACUGGAAGCCUUCGUUCCUCAGCAAUGAGGAAUUUACCCAGUUAAUGCUGGAGGCAUUGGAUGGUUUCCUAAUUGCACUUACCACUGAUGGGAACAUCAUCUAUGUAUCCGACAGCGUCUCUUCUCUGAUUGGCCAUUUACCAUCAGACAUGGUGGACCAAAACAUCCUGAACUUUCUGCCCGAGCGUGAGCAUGCGGAGGUCUACAAACUGCUGUCCACGCACCUGCUAAUGACUGACCCCAUCAAUUCUGACUACCUGGAGAGCAAUGAGACUCAUGUGGAGUUCUGCUGUCAUUUGAUGAGGGGAAACAUUGAUCCGAAGGAGCCGCCCACUUAUGAGUAUGUCAAAUUCGUUGGAGAUUUCAAGUUUCACAACAGUGUGCCUACGUCGUCUUGUAACGGGUAUGAGCUGGUCUUUCCGCGUACGCUUCAGGCCUCUCUGGAGGAGCAGGUGUGUUUGGUGGCAACGGUCAGGCUGGUCACUCCACAGUUCCUCAAGGACUUGUGUAAUGUGGAAGAUCCAUGUGAUGAAUUUACAUCAAGACACAGUCUGGAGUGGAAAUUCCUCUUCUUAGACCACAGAGCCUCUCCAAUCAUCGGGUACCUGCCGUUUGAGGUUUUAGGGACGUCUGGAUAUGAUUAUUAUCACGUGGAUGAUCUGGAGCUGAUCGCUCAGUGCCACAAACAGCUGAUGCAGUGUGGGAAGGGGAAGUCGUGUUAUUAUCGUUUCCUAACUAAAGGCCAGCAGUGGAUUUGGCUGCAGACACACUACUACAUCACCUACCACCAGUGGAACUCCAAACCAGAGUUCAUCGUCUGCACACACACUGUGGUCAGUUAUGCUGAGGUCAGGGCAGAGAGAAGGAGAGAGUAUGGACUGGAGGAAACCUCUGCUGAAAUAGCCACCACUUCAGUAAAGGGUCAGGAGGUCUAUCUGGACAUGUGUGCUCCUAUGGACGCGUCACGGGACAGAAUCAGUGGAGCACGCUCAGCCUCUUCACACAGCUCACGCAAAUCGUCUCACACCGCACUGUCUGAUUCAGCAUCAAACUCUUCUGUCCGCUAUAAAGAAACCUGCACAUCGUCACGACAGUCUGCAUCUAUAGGACCCGAGAGUUCCAGCAGGUUAUCACACAGCGGUUCAAAGAGCCUGAUUCAGAGACGAGCCUCUGAGCCCCUUCCCCCUUCCCCUUCCUGUACUCAGCCCCCAGUAAUGGCUUCUGCGCAGCACCAGGCAGUGUGUGGAGGUUUCCAGCAGCCUCAGCUGGGAGUGAUGCACCAGCUGAAGGAGCAGCUGGAGGAGAGAACCCGAAUACUGCAGGCUGACAUCAAAACACAGCAGCAGGAGCUGCAUGACAUUAAAGAGAAACUACAGCUUGCCAACCUGCAGAUGUUGCUGCAGCAGCCGAUCCACAGUGACUUCCCAUCCCCGUCUCAACAGCAGCAGCAGCAGCAGCAACAGCAGCAGCAGCAGUCUUCAGGCCAGUCAGCUCAAAACAGCCAAUCAGGAGUCAUCCGCCACAACAGCAGCAGUCACACACACUCUCACACACACCCCAAACCCCAGCACUGCGCUCCACAUGCAGCCUCAUCACACACACUGCUCCGAGAGCAGCCCAGCAGCUCCACCACACAGCAGAGGCUGGUUCGGAGCACUCCGAUGCAGACGGUCAGUGUUCCGGUGCAGACACACACCAGUCUGACCAUGCCUCUCUACAGCAACCCUAUGAUGUUCUCCCCAAACCAUGGAUACCGCACCGUCCCAGACACACACGCUCACACACAUCGGCACACUGAAGCAGACAACAACCCUGAAGGACAGCUACGGAUGCUGUUAAAUCAGCCAGUGCAGACUCUGGUCCCGGACAGCAGUGGAGCUCAGGUGUCUCAGUGUAGCUCCACCAUUCAACAAACCAAAUAUCUGGACCAGCAGAUGAUGACCCCUUCCUUUCCAGUUCAGCAGGUCAACUGCAACGCUGUGCUAGUCCCCUCUCCUGUUUUUACUUCACCAAUUAUGAUCCCUCAUAACAGCUUCAUAACUCCUAGGGCUCCACCCGCCUACACACCCCACCCUCAGAGUACACAGCACGGCCUCCAGAUCCAGCAGCCUCAGCAGUUCUUUCAGAUGCAGCCACAGGGUCUUAUCCACAGUGGUCCCACUCAGGCCUUCUUCCACACCACCAAUGUCCCGCCACAAAGUACUGUGGGAUACAUACAGCAGCAACAGCCUCAGCAGCAGCAACAGCCACAGCACCUUCAUUCCCAGCCUCCAGACUACAGGAACAUGUUGCCACGGUAACACUGGGGCAGGAGCAGAGAGGCUGCUGGGAUAGCGUUGUGGAGCACCAGGGCUCCACAGCAAGAGAGAAAGGGAUGAUGGGAAGGCUCUAGAGCGAUGUUUCGCCACCAAGCCUAAAACACCACGUAAAAGCCAAAGUCCCUCUGUUCCCAUGGCUCGGCACGUCAGCUGCUGCACGUUCUGCACGAGUUGAGAGGCUCCUCCUCCACCCCCUGAAACUGCAAGUGAAGAAUGCAGGGUUGAGUGAGGGGAGCUAGCCUUGGGGACGGAGUUAAGAGGCCAUUCGUGGAGCCCAGGUGUCACGGAGAAGCCCUGCUUCGUGUGACCAUCCCCCUCCCCCCACACUGUUGUCAGAGGUCAUGUGACUGGCAUAUUGGAGAGUAAAUUCUCUAGAUGAUUUGGGAAGAUAAAAAUCUACAAAUGUAAAACUAAUUGAGAAAUUCUACAAAUAAAAAAGUAUAAACACGAUGCUUUUGUAAAAGCAAAACUGAAAGUUUCACUGCAGGUACAUCAGAAAACAUGGGUUUGUGUUGUUUUCUUGUCUUGUCAUGUUUUUUUUUUGUUUUGUUUUGUUUUUUCCUUCUCUGCACUGUAUUGUUACAGAAGUUUUGCAUCGUCUGCUCUACGCUGACCGAUAUUAUGCACAAAGUGACACAGAAUCAAAUAGUGAACUACCUAGGGUGAAGUGGGCUCUGAAGCAAAGGCAGGUAGUGCUUCUUUCUGAUUCAGUAUGGCAUUAAUUAUGAAAUAAAUAGGACUGGCCUAGAUUAACUUAAUACUUAAGUAUUCACUCAAGUACAUACACUGAGUCUAAACAUGUAAUUAAACUCAAAUAUUUAUAAUGGUAGAGGUGGUUUUCAGAACGACCCUUCAGAUACUCAUUCUGUAAUACCAUGGCAUAUUCCAACCUUGUGAAAGUCUUGUUGGGCCAGCUCUAGAGAGCACAGUUUGUAAUAAAAACCUGACAAAAUAUACAUAGCUAGGAAAGCCACAGUUUCUCCGUAUGCCCAUGUUUCCUAUCGCCCCUUAACAAGGCUUUUUUUGUCAGUUAGCAUUUUGUAGGGAAAAAAUGAAUUGAAUUCACUUUAUGAAUGAUUUGUGCUCCUCUCACCCAUUAGAAAGAAUGCAGGGAACCUACUUUUGAAAUAAUGUGGGCGGUACCAGCCACUCUGACUAAACCACACUCAAAUCUGACUAAUCCCAAACAGACGGACCGGCCCACACAAUCAGCGCCUCGUUGACCCACAGUUAUUAAAUACAUAUUCUCAAUUUAAUCCAUCAUCAUCACAUUGACUCCCUGUCAGAACACACAUGCCUGAAAAGAAACUUGAAUAUUGUACUGUAGUUGUAAGAGUGUAAAUUAGUCAAAAAACUAGCACAACAAAUCUAGGGUAUUAGGGUAUUAGUGCAUACUGACACAUAGCUCUUUCAUUUUUUAUUUUAAUGCUUUUUGUUUGCACCCAAAAUCAACCCAGUUGUUCUUAAAGAUGUGCUAUUGUUUUUAUCCACAUAACUUUGUUAAAGUUUUGUUUCAGAUCAAGCACACGUACCUUCUCAUCAAUAAGCUGUAUGAAGGUUUACAUACCGUCACUCUUGGGACAAAACCUUGUUCAUUUUUGCAUACUGGUAAUUGCAAAACAAAGUUAUCUUUUACAAUGUCCAAAUAUUUCAGAAUAAUUAUAUAGGAAAGGUCCAGAAUUAUUUGGAGAACAGUCUUGUUACAUUUUUUAAUCUUCUAGAAUGAGGUUUUUGUUCAAAAGUGAUGAUAUCUAAGUUGUACAGCCGGAAUGGCCUCAAAUCUCUGAGUUAAUAGGAAUAAUUCACCCCUACAACUCUGAAAAAAAUGACUAGAAUUAUAGAAUGGAUUGGGUAACACUAGCACAGUUUUAGACAAUAAUAGCAUUAUGUUUUGCCACAAUAGUGAUGUUAAGUAUUCACACUGGUUACUCAAGUGGUCCACUUUGUAAGUAAUUCUAUCUUAUGAAACUUUUUAAAAUGUUAAUAGGAAAAGGGGAUGUUUCUCAGGUUAUGUAUGAAAACAGUACUGUCAGUAUUAGCCCGGAGCAGGAUAGUGAUGGUGGAAAAUCACUUUGAUUUGUUCCCUGAUUCAGAAAUUACAGUUAAUAUGACUUCAUCUUAUUUGGGUGAUGCUUUUAGCCGAUGGUUAUCUAAAUGGAAAAAGAAAGAUAUGAGUUGGAAUUAACAUGUUUGUGUGUGUGUGUGUGUGUUUAUAUGUGACUGUGUGUGUCUGUGAUAAAAAAAAAAAAUAUGUAGGAUUAUCUAGGUGUACUGUAUCAGAACAAAGCAAUGAGAUGGAAGCUAAAUGAGGUAUUUAUGUAAAAAUGACAAUCUGACCAUGUUCCAAAGGGCUUUAGAAAUGGACCCAAGUUCUCUAGCGUUUUUUUGUGUUUUAGAAACACACCCACGCCUCUCCUAAAGAAGAUGAUGCUCUUCAUCAGACUGAAUCUGUUAGCAUCUAUGUAAGCACUUUGUUUUUUGGGAAUUUAUGAUUAGAUGUGUACAGACAUUUGGAGCUCAGAAAAAUGAUUUGUUGCUGUCAUAUCAAAACCUUGUAUCUUUUAUUUUUUCAGUCCACCGUUUGAAAAAGCCAGCUGUCAUUUUGAUCUUGUAAACAUUUCACAAUGAACGGGCCAAUUAAAAUGGCCCCACAUUUUUUACAUUAACUUCUAUUGUAAGUGUCUAUCAUAUUUUUUGAGGUUUACAAAGUUGAAGAUACAAAGUUUUCUUACAACAGAAACAACAUUUUAUGCUCUUUUUUAGUCACCUUCACCACUUUCUUUUCUUCCCAUUCUUUUGAAAACGGUCAAAAUUGUGACAGAACAAGAUUGAUUGUGUUCUGCAUUUGUGCUCCAGAACAAUAAUGCAAAAAAAGAGAGACCCUCAACAGUCCAAAGUCUCAAUAUACCUAUUUUCUUUUCUUAAUAUAUUUUUUCUUUGUUUUCUAUUCUAAAAUGGCACACAUACAAGAACAUUUAGUGCUGCUUAUUUCUAUUUAAAGAGGACAGAAACGCUAAAAACACUGAGAUUGAAGUUUGUUGGAAGCGUACAGGCCCUUUUUUUUGAUGUGCAAUGUCAGUUUUGAAAAAGAGAAUGUUUAAUUUAUAUAUUUGAGAUUUUUUGUGUGCAUGUGUGUCUUCUCUAGUUUUUCUCUUCUUGUAUGAGAGAGGGGUAAGCAGUAGUGUAAAUUACAGCAGAAAGUAUUUUUAUAUGAAAAUUUCUCAGACAUUCCUUUAGUCAUUGGCAGCAGUGUGUAGAAAAUAAUGACACGCUCAGGUUUCUAUGCGUUUUUUUUUUUUAAUAUAACUUUAUUUUUCCUUUCACUGUUUUUUUUUUAAAACAUUCACAUUUACAUUAUGUUUUCAUCAAGCUUAUAAUAACAAUCUUAAGCGCAACACAUACAGGCCAGAGAAAUAAGCACUCCUGAGCUUUCACCCUAAACCUGUAAAAUCCUAAGCCAUUACACAGCAUAAAACAUGCUCAUUUGGUCCUGUGAUUUUCAUCUUUCACGUCUAAGUAUUUAAGUAUACUAAUACCUGUCUUUAGUAAUCUGCUAAAGAAUCUGCUGCUUUCAACUUAAAUUCAUAUAGAGUCAUAUAGAUUUCCUGGACAUGUAUUAAACCUAUUUGUAGUUUACAUUUUCUUUUUAAUGGAAAAUGCUGUGUAGUCUUUUAAUCCUGGGAAACUGCCCCAUAUCAUGAUCUGGGCAUUUGGAACCGAGAAUCACAAUCCAGAAACUCCUGAAGGAAUUCACCAAUUCACUUAAUAAUUUGUUAUCUUCUAGAAACACAAUUUAGAACAACUCAAUACUCAAACCAAUGUUCUGCCUAAAAAAUAAAAAGGCUAACAUUGAACAGAAGCUAGCAGGGAUUAGCUUGUCUUGAGCUCUGUGCUUUGUUAGCCUCCAUUCACUGUUAGCAUAUGUGCAGAAUCAGACAUGGCUCUGAAUCAGAUGCACAGAAUCAGAAAUGACUCUCAGGGCUAAUUACAGACAGACGUGGAAUAUGUUAAUGAUAACUAAUGUUGCUAACUAAUGUUAGGUUAGAUUACACUUACACAUGCUGCUAUAUGCUCAGAAAUCAUGCAGAUGUGCUUAGGGUUCAUUAUUAGCUCUCAUGCUUGCUCUGAGAAAUUAGUUUGGUGUAAAACUGACCACAUGAAUGUAUGUGGUGAAGGCUAUCAUUAGCUCAUGAGUGUAAAACUCUAAUGAGUAUGUGGUAUUACAGCUAACUGUGCUAAAGUGGUUCUUUUCACUAAAGCAGAAAAAUUAAGAAAACAUGUAUUCCAGCAUUUUUAACCAACUGUGCAACUGCUGCUUCUUUAGCAUGUAGUCAAUUACCAUGAAGUUGUUUCAGCACACUACCUGUUGCCAAGAAAACAGAAAGCCUAUUGAUUCUUACCUAAAACAAAGUAUGGUAAAUGAGGUCAAAUUAUUAUUAUUCCCAAAUAUUCUCUUCAGAUUCUUCGGUUGUGUGUUUUGCUAAUUGCUCUUGUGUUCAGUGGUUGGGUUUGUUGAGGUAGAUAAAAUGGUACUUUCUGUGAUUUGCUUUUUUCAGUUUAAUUUCUCUUUUCUGCUCAAGUUAAUUUAUUGUGAUAUGGCUUCUCCUGUAUCUUCUUUUCUUUUUUAUCGUAACUGACUUAAGUUGAGUGUCAAUGUGAAGUCAUCAUGCCCAUAUUAGGAAUUCCAGGUCUAAGGUAUUUUUUUUUCUACUGGAAAAAAUGUCAUUUUUAAAAAUCUCAUUCUGUUUCAAGUGCAAAAUGUUCGGAAUGUUUCCACUGGAUCCUCUGAAUUACAGGGAAAAUACAAGUCAAAAUAUGAAUGUUGCUACAUCCAUGCUGCAAGCUUCUAACCCGCUUGUGCACUAAAAUUAUAUCAGAGAUUACAAAUCUAAAUGUAAUAAAUCAAAAUAUGUGAAUCUACAUAUAUUACCUUCACCACUUUUUUGUUAGUAUACAAAAUAAUAUUACAUACUAUGUACCCAAAACCUAGUUACUGCUACUGUUACUAGUUACUAUAAGUACGCAAUUUUGAGACACCCUUUGUAACAAUAGUGGAAUCCUUUUUGGUGCUAUAUUUUGGGCUUUUAUGAUUCUGUACUAGAGCCCUAUUUUGUGAGCUUGUAUAAAACAAUUGGCAAAGCUUGCUGUUUUGUUUGAGAUAUUUUUUCUGAGGUAAGUCCUAGCAGGUCAGCUCAGUGAGCAGCAGUGUAAAGCUUGGCUUAUCAAAACUAAUAUUGGGAUGCAGGUAGAAAAAAUACAAUCAAUAUUUGUUUCCCACAGUGUGAUAUAGCAGACAUAGAUGUUUUCCAGUAAUUAAACAUUGCUCAGAUCUGGAACUUCUUAUAUGAGACUUAACUACACAAUGACACAUAGAUCUCUCUCUCUCUCCCUGUUGGUCCACUGUGGGCUUUUUUGUCUCUGUAUAAGUCAGUUGUUCUGGUGGGCCUGUCAGAUUUUAUUAUGUGUGUGUGUUCAUAUGUAUGUGUGUUACUUGGUCAUGUGUUAGCACUAAAGUGCGCAGUGGCGGGUUGAUCAAUGCGUUUGAUGAAAAGUAACUGCUCCUGGUGCAAAAAUGGCCAUUUCUCCUAAUAUGGUGCAGAAUGCACUCUGAACAUGUUGUAAUAUAGAAUGUACAAAAUGUUUAGAAUAUAUAUAUAUAUAUAUAUACAUAUAUAUAUUUAUAUAUAUUUAUAUAUAUAUAUAAAUAUAUAUAUAUAUAUAGUUGUUUAUUUUAUAAAAUCUCAAAUAGAUUGAAAUACAUUUAUAUACGUUGUUUGAUUUUAAAAAAAAAGUAAAAGAAAACAGAAGUAUUUUGUAACAGAAUAAUUAUUGAAGUGUCUUAUCGGGGGGAGGUGGAAGCUUUCUAUUCUUUAUUUCAGCAGGGUGGUAUUGCACAGUCUAUUAUAUUGUACGGCUUGUUUUUCCCUGUAUAUACCAUUGAAAUAAGCUUUAACAUAUUGUUAAUAUUGUUUUAAAAGAAAUUAAUAAAAAAAAAAGUUUACAUUCUGAAACAGCUUGGAUAUUAAUUGUCAUAGUGAGAUUGAAUUAUUUUUAUUCGAUCUGAAUAAUGUGGUAUAAAAAUAAAUAUUUUUUAAAAUCA